AUCCUUGUCUCAAGCACCCUAGCAUACCUGCCUAGUCCAACUUGCGAAUUGACGUUGACUUCGGCAGGGCUCUUAAUGGAUACGUCGACGACUGACCACCUGCUUUUAACGGAGGUCAACGUGGCAGACGGGGUAAAAGGGAAGCGGCGAGGGCCCCAAAAACGACGCCUUGUUGACAAGCAUAACGAGGAUUCGGCUCCCAAAGACGUUGAGAUGACCGAACUGGAGCGUGAGAGGGCGGAACUUAUCCGGCGUAACCAGGAAAUGCUUGCCAAAAUUGGCGUGACAACUGCCCUAACGGAACUUCGGAAAGCGGUUGCCGCUGAGUCAGCCACUGCUAAUGCCUCUACGCGAGCUGCGUCAGAGCCGCGACCAGCUCGGGCCCCAAAGCGUGCGCGCGUCCCGGAGCCCAUCCGCCGGUCAACCCGUCGUACCGCCGCUGCCAGCGAACAUAAUGCAGCCGCCCCAGGGGAAGAGCCUGGUGCUGACGGAGCGGUGGAAGCUGCGCCCACCACUGCCCGCGGCGUGGGCAUCAUGACCCAAGAGGAGUACCUGGCGUCCAAGGGGCUGCCGCUGCCCGAGGGCCACUUCCGCACCGACGGCCGCUUCACGGGCUGGGUUGCGCCUGAUGUGGCGGAGCAGCUGGGGCUGGCGGGGAGCGCGGCGGAGGCAUGGGAGCAGGGCGGCGGAGGGGCCUUCCAGCGCAAGAUCAAGAAGUCAGACGUUCCCUCCCACCUGAAGGCCAAGGGCUGGAGCGACGCUCGCGCCUUCGCCGCCGGCCAGCUGCACAAGAACCCCAACGCCUACUUCUACCGCCACACCGCCCCGGGCCUGGACCAGGCGCAGGGUGAGUGGACGCAGGAGGAGCACGACCUGUUUGUGGCCACCGCGCGCAAGUACGGCGUGGGCGACAAGUGGGGCCUGUUCGCAUCCUACAUCCCUAGCCGGGUGGGCUACCAGUGCUCGGCGUACUACACGCAGGUCAUCAUCCCCUCCGGCCUCAUCCUGGACUCCCGCUACAGGAUGGAUGCCUGGGGUGACGCCGUGUUCUGCGGCGGGCGAGGCAGCGAUUGAGAUCCCACCAGGGACAUCAGAGGGAGAGCAGCCAGAGGAGCCGAGGUUGCAGUCCACUGAAGGGCGUUCAAAGCCGCUCGCGCUGCUGCCGCAGCGGCGGCGGACGGCUGUGCUCAAGUUUCGGUUGCGUGGCUACGAACCGUACCCCAUUGCUGCGCCUUUGUGAUUACGGUUGAGCGAGCGCAGGGGCUACGGGCUAAAUUCACGCGGCAUGUGAACUCAAAAGAAGGAUUGGUUGUGUAUUAUUGGAAGUCCAGACAAUUCUUGGGCUAGGAAUAUAUGCUUACGGAUGGUAUUUAUCCUGCUGGCCAGAUGCCAGCCUCUCGUACGGACGAUAGUGAGCUGCGUUUGCAGUGCCGGUCUCCAGUAGCAGUAGCAAUGCAGCAUCCUCCAUAGAGCACCUUGCUGACAUGUCGCGACCCAUGGGUCGUCUCCAGAGGGACGUGCUGCUGUUUUCGUGGCUUGUGUAGCGUGCAACCCACACGCAAUGGCACUGAGUGGUAGCAUGGCUGCAACGUAGCACUGUUGGGUUAGAACGUUGGGCAAAGUAGUACUUCAGAAAGUUGAUUAGCUCUCAGGAUGAGGUUUACGUAACAUGCAUUGCCGGAGUGAUGCCAGUCUAUGCAUCCAACCAGCUCGGAUGUGUGUUCGUUCUGCAAAUACUCAUCUUAGCCCUUUCCGUCUGCUGCCUGGCAGCAGGCAUGCAGGCAGCGUCAGUUUGGUCCGAUGCCCAUGUACUUCAAUCUCAUCUAUCCUCUUAAUCCAUUUCCCG